GAUCAUAUAAAAACUAACCCUGAUUCACGUUCAAGACUGCUAGAGAUGUGAGUGUCUCGCUCUUUGUAUGGAUAUUUUCCCAAUUCCACUUCUUCUUCGACCAUCGCUGCACCACAAUGGCUUUUGACAAUUCGCACAACGAUAAGGACUGCCUUGAGCCCAUCGCGAUCGUAGGUCUAUCACUCCGGUUCCCGGCUGGAGCCACAGAUUUAGAUCGUUUCUUCAGAUUGAUCACCGAGGCCCGUUGCGUGUCGCAAGGAUUCCCCUCUGACCGUCUGGAUGUUACGGGCGCCUACUGGCCCAAGGCUGCAGCCGCAGUCCCGACGGUGAGCGGAGGACAUUUCUUAGCUGAAGAUAUCACUGCAUUCGAUGCACCCUUUUUUGGAAUCUCAGCCGUGGAGGCAGCCUCCAUGGACCCCCAGCAGCGACUGCUCCUGGAAACCAGCUACGUUGCCUUGGAAAAUGCCGGGAUCCCCAUCGAGCAGAUUACGGGGUCCAACGCCUCCGUCUAUGUCGGCUGCUUCACCGAUGACUACAAGGAACUUUACCAGAAAGAUGUGCGCGACAGCGCACCCUACGCAGCCACGGGCAUCACCACCACGCUGAACGCGAACCGCGUGAGCUGGUUCUACAACUUCAUGGGCCCUAGUAUCAACGUGGACACCGCCUGCUCCAGUAGCCUGGUCGCCCUGGACUUAGCCUGUCAGGCGCUGCGCGCGGGCCAGACUGAUAUGUGCUUGGCUGGAGGAGCCAAUCUGAUUCUGGCCCCUGAUAUGUUCCAUAUCCUGUCGGAGAUGAGCAUGCUUUCCCCCGACAGCCGCAGCUAUAGCUUCGAUGCUCGAGGCAAUGGAUACGGGCGCGGGGAAGGUGUAGCCAUGUUGGUCCUUAAACGGAUGAGCUGUGCGCUGCGGGAUGGCGAUACCAUCCGCGCCGUGGUGCGCUCCACUGCGUGCAACCAGAACGGGUACACCCCUGGAAUCACCCAGCCAAGUAUGAGCGCUCAGGAGGCCCUUAUCAAUGAGUGCUACGCGCGUGCUGGACUGGAUAAGGCUCGCACGGCAUACGUGGAGGCGCACGGCACGGGAACCCCAGCCGGCGAUCCCAUCGAGGCGGAGGCUCUAGGCGCGAGCUUCCGAGAUAGCCGGCGCCCGGGUGAGCGGCUUUAUGUGGGCUCCGUCAAAGCCAAUAUUGGCCAUUUGGAGGGAUCCAGCGGUAUCGCGGGGGUGAUCAAGGCAGUUGCCAUGCUGGAGCGAGGGUGGAUCCCCGCUAUUGCCGAUUUGCAGAGCGUCAAAUCGAUGAUCGAUGAGGCUGCGUUACGUCUUCAGUUCCCUCGGUCAGGGAUCCCUUGGCCUCGUCCGGGUCUUCGACGAAUUUCCGUCAAUUCGUUUGGAUUCGGUGGCUCCAACGCCCACGCGGUGUUGGAUGAUGCGUAUCACUUCUUACUGGAGCACCAGUUGGACGGCGUGGCAUAUCGACCGCGCACGGAUUCUUCCACCCCUCGGGAAGAGAUUAUCCCCCGUGUCCGGCUCCUGCCACUAUCGUCAUCAGACAAAGCAGGUAUCACUCGAACAGUCACCAGCCUGACUGAAUAUUUCCAGUCCCGCGGCGGCGGAACGGCGGAGGCGGCGACUCCCCCAUCAGUCGAAUUUUCCGAUGCACUGGCAUACACGCUCGCCCAACGCCGGACCUUUCUCCCUUGGCGCGCCUGUGCGGUCGUCCCCUCAGACGUACCGCUGCACGACUUUCGAGCGAUGGUUUCGCCUGCGGUGAAGUCGCCAAAGACGCCGCCCAAGAUCGCGUUCGUAUUCACCGGCCAGGGUGCGCAGUGGGCGCAAAUGGGCGCCGACCUUUGUGUAUACUCCGUCUUCCGUCGGCGCUUAGAAGAGGCGGAUGCAGAUCUGCGCGCUCUUGGUUGCGAUUGGAGACUUUUAGAUGAACUGGCAAAGCCGGCAGAGACAAGUCGGAUCAACGAGCCUCAGAUUAGCCAGGUCCUUUGCACGGUCGUCCAAAUUGCUUUAGUGGACCUUCUCAAUACCUUUGGUAUCAUGUGCAGCGUGGUCAUUGGACACUCGUCGGGAGAAAUUGCUGCAGCGUACUGCUGUGGCGCCAUUUCCGCGCGCAGCGCUUGGCGAGUUGCGUUUCUACGGGGCAAGCUGGUGUCCGCUCGACUGCAAGAAUCAACAAUUUCCGGUGCGAUGCUGGCAGUGGGACUCUCUGCGGCAGACGCUGCAUCGUAUCUGGAUGGAUCCGAUGCAGGGGAGGGCAGAAUGGGAUCUAGUCGGGUCAGCAUCGCGUGCUUCAACAGCCCGAAUAACGUGACUCUGUCGGGAGAUGAGGCGGCCAUCGACGCGCUGAAGGCCAAAUUCGACGCUGCGGGGAUAUUCGCCCGCAAGCUGUCCACUGGCGUGGCCUACCAUUCCAACCAUCUGCAUUCGGUGGCGGAUGCGUACGCGAGCGCAAUCGGGGAGAUCGAUCCCGGGGAACACGGAAGGGAGCAGGGCCUGCUGCAGCGCACCGACGGGGCGGUCGUCAUGGUGUCGACCGUCUCGGGCCAGCGCGUCCCCGCCGAGAUGCUGCGCCAGGGUAGCUACUGGGCAAGCAACUUGGUACGACCCGUGCGCUUCCUCCAGGCCUUUCAAAGCCUUUUGAGCAAGCGAGGGGUCGUAAAGAAGCUCGACGGCAGCCACCGGCUCCUGAUGGACAUCAACACCUGCGUGGAGAUUGGACCCCACGGGGCCCUGCGCGGGCCGAUCAAAGAGAUCCUUCAGGCACAGGACCAUCCCAUGACCUACCUCGCUACCUUGCAGCGGGCCCAGCCAGGGGCUGACGCCCUCCUCCGCUCAGUGGGUCAUCUGUGGUGCCUGGGAUUAUCGAUCAACUGGAACCGGGUAAACCACGAGCCCCACUCGUCCGAGACAGAUUCAGACGAGAGGGAAGGCCUCGCGGUCAUGCCUCCUGCGCUUGUCUCGCUGGCCGACCUACCCCCAUAUGCCUGGGAGCAUUCGCGGCGGUUCUUCCAUGAGAGUCGAACAAGCAGGAACCAUCGGCUCCGCAGCAAGCCCCGAUCAAAGUUGCUCGGGGAGGCUGCGGUGGACUGGAACGCCCUGGAGGCGCGUUGGGGCAACUUCCUGAAGCGCUCCGAGCAUCCCUGGAUCGAAGAUCAUCAGAUUAAUGGAACGAUCCUCUUCCCCGCUGCCGGCAUGAUGGCGAUGGCCGUCGAGGCCAUGCAGCAGCAGGUCCAGCUCGCCGGAGCAGCGUAUAUCAAUCGACCGAUCCUCGGCUAUGAGCUCCGCGACAUUAACCUGAGCACAGCGCUGGUGAUCCCCGACCACGAGCGGGGUGUGGAAGUCCAAUUCAUCCUGCGCCGGCAGCAGCAGCAGCAGCAGCCGGGGGGCGGAGCCGGCGGCGGCAGUCGAGACGGUGGCUGGUGGUCGGAUUUCCGGCUAUGCGCAUAUCUGGAGGGUGAAUGGGAAGAAAUCUGCACAGGAAGUAUCCGGGUUGAUUUUGGGGUCGCCGAGUCCGGCAUUGGGACCCAGCGCCAGCAGCAGCACCAGUGGGAGGAGCGAGGAGAGCAUCAUGGUUUGGAGAUCGCGGCCUUCUAUGAGCGCCUUGCCCAACAUGGUCUGGAAUUCGGGCCCUCCUUCCGCACUCUUGUCGAGGCACAGUGGGCUGGCGGCCAGGAUUGCCGCGCCGUCGUCAAGGUCCAUCAUCCACAGGAUGAUGACGAAGUGGACUAUGUUGUGCAUCCGUGCACGCUCGAUGCGCUGCUGCACAUGCCGAUGGUGGCGCUCACGCAGGAUCCCGCACGCAGACGAUCCACGGCCAUCCCCUCCAACAUUCGACGGGUCUGGAUAGCGUCUUCGGGCCUUGGAUGGUCAUCAUCGUCGUCGUCAUCGGAGUUGCAGACAGCGUCAGAGAACACGCUGGACGCCCUGGCAGAGAUUGUGGCCACCGACCGUCGCGGGUGCGAAGUGCAAUCCCAUGCCUUGAGUCAUGACCGAGCGCGUCUGCUGGCAGAGUUGGAAGGGGUUCGGCUGACAAUCGUCAAUGACAUGGCCGAUCAAGUGACCGACGUCGACCAUGGGGCGCAGGACUGUACCUGGAACCUGGUCUGGAAACCCGAUCUGGAUUUGAUGACUGGGCCCCAGGUGGCUCAGUGGUGCAGCAGCAGCAGUAUGCCAUCAUCUCAUGAGGGCCUGGACACGACCAGCGGGGACCCUACCGAUUUCUAUCGUGACUUGGCCUUCCUUCAUUACUCGAUGCUGUCGCAGAUCACAUCAUCGGGGGUGAAUCCGUCGAAACCUCACUUGCAAAAAUACAUGGACUGGGCUCGCCGCCAGGUCCGGCGAAUCGAAGCUAGCGAGACGCCGCAUUGGGAGCCUAGCUGGCCGGCAUUAGCUGGAGACUUAAACUACCGCAAUGCCCUGAUGAACCAGCUCGAGCAAGUCAACGCGCAGGGACGAGUUCAUGUGGCAGUCGCCCGCCACCUGGACCAGUUGGUCGUCGGUCAAAUGGACCCUUUGGAGCUGCUGUUCGGGUCGUCCAUGUUGGAUUCGUUCUACGCCGAAUUGAGCGGCAGUGACACGUCGGCAUUUACCCAGCUAGAUGGAUACCUCCAGCUGUACUCUCACAAGUAUCCUAACGCCCGCUACCUGGAAAUCGGCGCUGGCACGGGGGGCACAACCGCCGCCAUACUACACUCGCUCGGGGAGAAACAGGGACAGCUAGAGGUGACCGGCCCGCGGUAUCAAGAGUAUACCUACUCAGAUAUCUCAGAGGCCUAUUUUGAUGCCGCCAAGUCCCGGUUCGAAAGGUAUCCCGGCCUGCUGUUCCGCCGACUGGAUGUCGAGGACGAUCUCUCGAGCCAAGGGUAUACCCCCGAGUCCUACGAUGUGGUGGUCGGGGCCAACGUACUCCACGCUACCAAGGACCUCCGGGCAACGCUGCAGAGGGCGCGGGCCUUGCUUCGUCCCGGAGGGAAGCUGAUUCUCUUCGAGAUCACGGCCCCUGCCUUGGGACGAAGUGGGUUCAUCAUGGGCCUGCUACCGGGCUGGUGGCUUAGUUCUGAGGACUAUCGCAGCGAGGGUCCCUGUGUCCCAUUGUCCACCUGGGACGCACUGCUGCAGGAGACGGGCUUCACAGGCGUGGAGCAAGAAUUUCGCGACUAUCGCAGCGAUGCCUGCCAUGAGCUAAGCGUACUGAUUAGCAGCCGCCAGCCCUCAUCCGACGGAGCUGGCAUGCUCCUGCAAGAGCUCGGUAAACCGGGUGCUGCGGCCCCAGCGGUAGUGAAAAUCGUGUCUCAUCCAACUCACAGUCCUCAGGGGGAGGAACAGAGUGCUCCUUACGCAACUGCCAUCCAAAAAUAUCUGCAACACAUCGGAGCCCCCAGCCAGAUUACCCCAAUGGACCAAGUGGAACCCGGGACGAGGCUCACCAUCGUGACCGUCGACUUGGACCUGGAUCGGCCGUUUCUACGCAGCAUGAACCCUGAUGGCUUUGCAGCGCUCCAGCGGAUGAUCCGCCACAGUCACAAUGUGGCCUGGGUGAGUUGCACGGUUGACGAUGGCUCCUCUGACCCAGCAUACAACAUGGUCACGGGUCUGGCGCGGGUCUGCCUCGCUGAAGAGGAAGGGCACCGGUUUCUCCGCUUCGGACUGACGAGGGCGCCCAUGAAUAACACUCCUUCCGAGACCCAGCUGCAAGCCCUUCUGCUAGCCGUCCAACAGAUGCUGCGGCCCGCCGCCGAUCCCUCCUCAUCGGAGGCUUACGAGAUGGAAUAUGAGCAGCGAGCUGCAGAAGGAAAUGACCUGUUUCACAUCCCCCGACUCCAGCAAGACCGAUACUGCCAGGAGGGUGUGCAUCGAAUCCUCCACCCGUUGAUCUCGGAGGACCGGCCAUGGCAGGAGGCGCCAAUGCCGCUGAAACUCACGACGCAAACCCCGGGGCUCCUGGACUCGCUGCGGUUUGUUGCGGAUCAGGAGCACAAUGCGGUGCCGCUGGCGGCAGACGAGGUGGAGAUCCAAGUCCACGCCGUCGGACUGAACUUCAAGGACUGCCUCAUUGCCCUCGGCCGUGUGCCCGCUGACACUCUGGGCAAUGAGUGCGCUGGGGUGGUGACACGUGUAGGGUCCGCCUGCUCCCCAGACAAGGUCCGGGUCGGGGACCGCGUCUGCAUGUCCACGGUCGAGGCAUUCAAGACGUAUGCCCGCAGCAAGGUCCAGUGUGUGUGUCGCCUGCCGGAGGCCAUGAGCUUCACCACCGCCGCCGCCAUCCCGACGCAGUUCGUCACCGCGUGGACAAGCCUUGUGCAGAUCGGACGGCUGACCCAAGGGGAGAAAGUACUAAUUCAUGCCGGUGCUGGCGGCACCGGCCAAGCAGCGAUCCAGAUCAGCCAGUACCUGGGGGCAGAUGUUUACGUGACCGUAAGCUCGGAGGCCAAAAGAGAUCUUCUCAUGGACACGUACGCGAUCCCGGAGGAACGUAUCUUUUACAGCCGCGAUGUGGCCUUUGCGCAGGGCGUCAAGGAUGCUACCGGGGGUCGUGGAGUGGACCUGGUGCUCAACUCGCUGUCCGGCGAGUGUCUCCUAGCCUCGUGGGACUGCCUGGCGCCCUAUGGCCGGUUCGUGGAGAUUGGCAAGAAAGAUAUCCUGGACAACGCGCGACUCCCCAUGCUUCCCUUCAACCGGGGGGUAAGCUUCUCGGCUUUUGAUGGAUCGACUUGGAUGCUCGAGCGUCCGGAGCAGGCCGAGCGAGGCAUUCACACCAUCAUGUCGCUGUUCGUGCAAGGCGUGUUGCAACCCGCCCACCCAUUGCGCGUACGGUCUGUGACGGAGGUGCAGCAGGCUUUUGCGGCGCUCGCCGACGGGAAGACCAGCGGCAAGACCGUUAUCGAGAUCACCCCUACCGCUUCGGUGCCGAUGACCCUACCCGCGGCGAUGCCGACCCAGGGCUUCCUGGACGAUGCCACCUAUGUGCUCGCAGGCGGCUUUGGCGGUAUCGGCCGCAGUAUCGCGCGCUGGAUGGCCGAGCGCGGCGCCCGCCACCUCCUGAUACUCUCGCGCUCGGGGCCGCAGAGCCCUGAAUCCCGCCAGCUGGUGGCCGAGCUCCACGGGGCGGGGGUCCGUGUGCACGCGCCUGUCUGCGAUCUCGCCGAUCAGGAGAGGCUGUCGCGUGUGCUCCACGACGCCCAGUCCCCUACCGGAGCCGCGAUGCCGCCGAUCCGCGGCUGCAUCCAGGCAUCAAUGGUUCUGCAGGAUACCCUACUAGCCGAGAUGACGCACGCCCAAUGGGUCGCCGCCGUGCAGCCCAAGGUUGCCGGGUCAUGGAACCUCCACGCCUGCCUCCAGCACCAACCGCUGGACUUUUUCGUCUGCCUGUCCUCGGUGUCCGGUGUCGCGGGCCAGCGCGGCCAGUCCAAUUACGCCGCGGGCAACACCUUCCAGGACAGCCUGGCACGAUACCGCGUGGCGCGCGGGCUGCCGGCCGUGAGUCUCGACCUCGGGGCCAUGGUCGACGACGGGUUCCUGGCGCAGAACCAGACCAUCCGAGACCGGCUGCUGGGCGGCGGAUCCAUGGUGCCGAUUACCCGCCCCAAGUUCCUGGCCCUGCUGGAGUUCUAUUGCUGCCGUGCGAUGAGGGACGCCAGCGACGAGGACGAGGAGGACCUUGUCGUCGUGGCGGUGUCGCCAUCGGAGGCGCCGCCCCUGACGCUAGCCAACUGCCAGACAGUGUUCGGGAUCAAUACGCCUCAGGCCAUGCAGGUGCGCGGACUGGAUGAGCCCGGAUGGAUGCAGCGGGCCUUGUUUGGCCUUCUUCAUCGCGUCUCGACCGCCUCCCACCAGCACCUGGACUCGAAGAGCGGACCCGGGCGUCGUCCGGCUCGCGACUUCCGGGCUGAACUGGGCCAGGCCGCCUCCCUGGAGGAGGCCACGCAGAUCGUUGCCCAGGCCCUCAUCGCUAAAAUCGUGCGCAGUCUCUCCGGGUUGGCCGAUGAGGAUGUGGAGGCGAGCCAGCCCAUUGUCAGCUGCGGCGUCGAUUCACUGCUGGCGGUGGAAAUUCGCAGCUGGUUUGCCAAAAUCUUCCAGGCCGACGUGUCCACCUUUGAGAUCCUGGGUGGGAUGAGCUUCGAACGGGUGGGCCGGUUGGUGGCCAUACGUAGUAUGUUGAAGAAGGGGUGGGUUUGAAAGAAAGGCAGGAAAGCCAGAUGGCUGUCGCCUUUGGAAAUCUUGUUCAUUGGUACUAUGUCCAGGUCAAUAAACAGUUUUCGAAAAGGUUUUGACUAGCCCUGUCGUUAAGGAAUAGGUAAAUGAAGCGGAAGAAAGAAAAGAAGAAGGGAAAGUACCC